UUGUGGGGAUUGUGCAAAUUACUGUAAAAUGUCGCUAUCUUUACGGCGAAUUCGGGAAAUGGCGGCGGCGGUACCGCUAAUUAAAGCGCCCUGUGUGACUGCAGCCUUAUUACAGCCCGAAAUCUCAAUAAAGCUUCUCCGUAGAUCAGAGCGACCAUCGGCUCUCGACUACUCGUGUCUGGAGGCCGCGCGCUGCCGAUCCGUCUCCCGCCAUGCCUUGCGCACGUCAGGUAAUUGGGGUUCGCAGAAAGUAGGGAGAUCCGGAGUACUACACCCUGCGGUAGUCACGUGGUGUGCGGUGGGCGGGGCCUGGUGUCUCCGCAUGACGGGGCUGCUCCCGGAAGAUCGUUCACACCGGGGCAGAGCGGAGGAAGAGUCCGCAGCCGGGAAGGACGUCAGAGGAGCCGGCGGGGAGGAGCGGGGCUGACUGCUGCAGGAAGAUGCUGCGUCUGGCGUCCUGUUCGUCCCUACUGCUGCUGCUGAAAGCCGUGGUAGGGCUGCCCUGGUUCCAGUCAAUUGGCGCCGUGCUCGUGUUCUACCUGGGCUCCGGAGGAUGGAAGUUUAUGAAGGUUUUCUACAAGACCAUUGGGCGAGAUGUGAGAGGUGCUAUAACACUUUUCCGGGUGAAGCUGCAAGUUAAAAGACACCUGCGAGAGAAGAACACGGUCCCCAUCAUAUUUAAGGAAUGCGUUAACCGCCAUCCUGACAAGACAGCGUUGAUCUUCGAGGGGACCGGGGCAUCUUGGACGUUCCGGGAGUUGGACGAGUUUUCCAAUGCGGUGGCCAACUUCCUGUACGCUGAAGGGUUCCGCAACGGGGAUGUCAUCGCGCUGUUCAUGGAGAACUGCAAUGAGUUCGUGGGGUUUUGGCUUGGCAUGGCCAAAAUAGGGGUGGAAGCAGCUUUGAUCAAUUUCAACCUGCGCCUGGAUGCCCUGGAACAUUGCUUCAGCGUCUCCAACUCCAAGGCUGUGAUCUUUGGACAAGAGAUGUCCCAAGCCAUGACAGAUGUCUACGCUCUGAUGGGGAAAUCCUCCAUACGACUUUACUGCCUCGGUGACUGUGACCCCUCCGCAGUGCCCCCUGGCUCAGAAUACAUAUCGCCCCUACUGCAGAGCGCAUCCCGGAUCCCUCCAAAAGACCCCGGGAGGAGCUUCACAGAUAAAUUAUUCUAUAUCUACACCUCCGGAACAACGGGGCUCCCCAAGGCUGCCAUAGUGGUGCAUAGCAGGUAUUUCCGCAUGGCUGCCUUGGUGCACUAUGGCUUCGGCAUGCGAUCGGACGACGUUAUUUAUGACUGCCUUCCGUUGUACCACUCCGCAGGUAACAUUGUCGGAAUGGGUCAGUGCAUCCUCCUCGGUCUUACGGUUGUGAUCAAGAAGAAGUUCUCAGCCUCGCGGUUUUGGGAUGACUGUGUGAAGUAUAACUGCACGAUUGUCCAGUACAUUGGCGAGAUUUGCCGCUAUCUCCUCAACCAACCGUUGCGGGAGGCAGAGUCCCAGCACAAAGUGCGCAUGGCAUUAGGGAACGGGCUGCGUCCCGCCAUCUGGACCGAGUUCAUGUCCCGGUUCAGGAUUCCUCAGAUUGCGGAGUUUUAUGGAGCCACAGAAUGUAACUGCAGCUUGGGAAACUUCGACAACAACGUUGGGUCCUGCGGAUUCAACAGCCGAAUUCUGCCCUUUGUGUAUCCCAUCCGGCUGAUGAAGGUGAAUGAAGACACAAUGGAGCUUAUCCGUAGUCCGAAAGGUCUCUGCAUCCCUUGUCAGCCAGGUGAACCCGGGCAGCUGGUUGGCCGUAUCAUCCAGUCAGACCCUCUGCGUAGAUUUGACGGUUACGUGAACGAGUCGGCCACUAACAAGAAAAUAGCCAAAAAUGUCUUCAAGGAAGGAGACAUGGCUUAUCUCUCCGGCGACGUGCUGGUCAUGGACGAGCUGGGCUACAUGUAUUUCCGGGAUCGCACAGGUGACACAUUCCGGUGGAAAGGGGAGAACGUGUCCACCACCGAGGUGGAAGGAAUCCUAAGCAGACUCCUCCAGCAGGCGGAUGUGGUGGUCUACGGUGUGGAGGUGCCAGGUACUGAAGGCAGAGCUGGAAUGGCGGCCAUCGCUGACCCCGACCAUAAAAGCGAUCUUGAAAAAUUUGUCAAAGACCUUAAGAAGACGCUGCCUGGGUACUCGCACCCUGUCUUCCUGCGAUUACUGCCAGAAGUCAACAAAACAGGAACGUAUAAAUUCCAAAAAACGGAAAUGAGGAAAGAAGGCUUCGACCCCAACGUGGUGAAAGACUCCUUGUACGUCCUGGAUUCCCAACAAGGAAAGUACAUCCCAUUGGACGCUGAAAUCUAUAGAAAGAUCCAAUCUGGGAAGCUAAAGCUGUAGUCUGCAGGUUUCCAUCUUUUUUUUCUUUCUUUUUUUUACAUUUUUAUUUUUCUUUGCUUUUGGUUCUGGUCACAUGACACAGUUCGAUUUAUGGAGCAGACUGGAUUUUUUUUUCAACAACGGAGAUUAUAUUCACGUACCAAAGUACAUCUAGGGAUACGUUGGGGCGUUUAAAGGGACAUUUGUUUUUUUUUUUAGUUAUUUUUUAAACUGUUUCUAAUUUAUUUUAUUUUUUUUUAAGCCCAGCAGGAGUUUUAAUUCACUUUGUACAGAUUUGCGUUUCAUCUCUCGGACACUUCUGGCUUUUUUGAGGUUGGACGCCGUCCACAAAGGGAAUAUGACAAGGUUUUAUUUUUACUAGACAAUUUACUGUGACCUGAGGAGCGGACAGGGACUCCAUAUUGGAAACAAAAAAAUGGAAGAAUUUUAGAGACAUAGUAAACUCAAUGGAAAGCUGUGGGGUUGUACAUAGAACCCGCACCAACAGAUGACAUAUAUAUAUAUAUAUAUAUAUAUAUAUAUAUAUAUAUAUAUAUGACCAUAACACUAUUCACGCUAUGUCAGAUGUAUUCUAAUAUGUUGGGGGGGUUGGACUGUCUACACUUACACCUCUGCCUUCAAUGCUUUCCCUGGCAGGAGAAUAUCAAGCCAUAAUGUAGACUUCUUAUAUCUGUAUCUGACCACUUCCUGGUGAUCCGGAGAUUAGUCAACAGGCCUUAUUGUACUGUUAAAUCCAGUGUUUCCUUAAAGGGUUAUUUUUUUUCUUAAAUUAACUGGUGCCAGAAAGUUAAACAGAUUUGUAAAUUCUAUAAAAAAAAAUCUUAAUCCUUCCAGUACUUAUCAGGGGCUGUAUACUACAGAGGAAAAGCUUUUCUAUUUGGAUUACUCUUCUGUCACGACCACAGUGCUCUCUGCUGUCCAUUUUAGCAACAGUCCAGAGCAGGAGAAAAUCCCCAUAGCAAACAUAUGCAGCUCUGGACAGUUCCUAAAAUGGACAGCAGAGGUCAGCAGAGAGCACUGUGGUCGUGACAGAAGAGAAAUCCAAAAAGAAAAGUGUUUCCUCUGUAAUAUACAGCCCCUAAUA